CAAAACCCAGCAGUAUGACUGCAAAUGGUACAUUCCACUCACGGACCUCAGCUUCCAGAUGGUGGAUGAGUCAGAGGCAGUACCCAACAUCCCCCUGGUGCCAGAUGAGGAGCUGGAUGCCUUGAAGAUCAAGAUCUCCCAGAUCAAGAGUGAUAUCCAGAGAGAGAAGAGGGCGAACAAGGGCAGCAAGGCCAUGGAGAGGCUGAGGAAAAAGCUGUCAGAGCAGGAAUCCUUGCUGCUGCUGAUGUCCCCCAGCAUGGCCUUCAGGGUGCACAGCCGCAACGGCAAGAGCUACACAUUCCUGAUUUCCUCUGACUAUGAGCGAGCUGAAUGGAGAGAAAAUAUUCGAGAGCAGCAGAAGAAGUGUUUCAAAAGCUUCUCUUUGACCUCUGUGGAGCUGCAAAUGCUGACAAACUCGUGUGUAAAACUUCAGACCGUUCACCACAUUCCACUGACCAUCAACAAAGAAGAUGAUGAGUCUCCUGGGCUCUACGGCUUUCUGAAUGUUAUCGUCCACUCAGCAACUGGGUUUAAGCAGAGUUCAAAUCUGUACUGCACCCUAGAGGUGGAUUCCUUUGGAUAUUUUGUGAAUAAAGCAAAGACUCGAGUCUACAGGGACACAACUGAGCCAAACUGGAAUGAGGAGUUUGAGAUAGAGCUGGAAGGCUCCCAGACUCUGCGGAUACUGUGCUAUGAAAAGUGUUACAACAAAAUGAAGAUUGCCAAGGAGGACGGCGAGAGUGCAGACAGGCUCAUGGGGAAAGGCCAAGUCCAGCUGGACCCCCAGACCCUGCAGAACAGAGACUGGCAACGGACUGUCAUUGCCAUGAAUGGGGUUGAAGUAAAACUUUCAGUCAAGUUCACAAGCAGAGAGUUCAGCUUGAAGAGAAUGCCUUCCCGCAAACAGACAGGGGUCUUCGGGGUCAAGAUUGCCGUGGUCACAAAGAGAGAGAGGUCCAAAGUACCUUACAUUGUGCGCCAGUGUGUGGAGGAGAUUGAGCGCCGGGGCAUGGAGGAGGUGGGCAUCUACCGAGUAUCUGGAGUGGCCACGGACAUCCAGGCACUGAAGGCAGCUUUUGACGUCAAUAACAAGGAUGUAUCAGUGAUGAUGAGCGAGAUGGAUGUGAACGCCAUUGCUGGCACACUGAAGCUCUACUUCCGUGAGCUGCCUGAGCCCCUCUUCACUGAUGAGUUCUACCCUAACUUCGCUGAGGGCAUUGCUCUUUCAGACCCUGUUGCAAAGGAGAGCUGCAUGCUCAACUUGUUGCUGUCCCUCCCGGAAGCCAACCUGCUGACCUUCCUUUUCCUUCUGGACCACUUGAAAAGGGUGGCUGAAAAGGAGACGGUGAACAAGAUGUCCCUACACAACCUCGCCACAGUCUUUGGCCCCACGCUACUUCGACCCUCAGAAAAGGAAAGCAAGCUCCCUGCCAACCCCAGCCAGCCCAUCACCAUGACUGACAGCUGGUCCCUGGAGGUCAUGUCCCAGGUCCAAGUGUUGCUGUACUUCCUGCAGCUGGAGGCCAUCCCUGCCCCAGACAGCAAGAGACAGAGCAUCCUGUUUUCCACUGAAGUCUAAAGGCCUAGCAUCAUCUCAAGAGGCCAAGAGAACGACUUGGAAACCUGUGACUAAAGGGUCCAUUCGCAGAGUGGGAAUGGAACCUUCCUCUAUAACUGGGCCAUUCUCAAGCUCUGGGCCAUCUGCCAAGAGACAAGUACCCAAAGCAAAAGGCCAAUGGCCUACACAGAUCAUUCCAGAUGUGUCUGCAAGCCCCAGGCUGGCCUCGGACUGUGCUUUUUGCUUUUGCCACCAGAGGGCACCCCAAGCCAGCCCGACUUCUGCUGGCCUGCCUGCAAGGAAAAGAGGUGGUUAGCAGGAGUGGUUUUUAUUAACUUAAUUUAUCAUAGUUUAAAAAAUUUCAAGCCGGGAGUGGUGGCGUACACCUGUAGUCCCAGCACUUGGGAGGCAGAGGCAGGUGGAUCUCUGUGAAUUCAAGGCCAGCCUGGUCUACAUGGUGAGUUCCAGGACAGCUGGGGCUACAGGGAGACCCUGCUUCAAAAAGACAAAAAAAAAAAAAAAAAAAAAAAAAUUUCUACUGGGUCACUUGUCCUGAUGCACCCUCUUUGGGGAAUACGCCACCAGAUUCCCUCACUAUUGUGUCUUGAAUAAACGCUGCUGCUUCGUACAGUGGGGGCCACAGCCAUGUCCCUGUGUGGGUGGGAACAUUUGGAUUUCCCUGACUUAGAAAUUCUGCUCUAUUUGUAACAGGGUUUGAGAAGCUAAGUCAACACUGUAGCAUCCUGACUCUAUUUGCUGCUUGCUUUUUCUUUCUAAAAGGAUUUCUGUGCAGAAAUAGGUCUGUUUCCUGCUGUUUGCCCCUUGCUUUGUUUUUGCUGUUUGUACACUUUUCAGGAGGCCACUCCAUCUGCAGCUCAGAUGUGUCCAGGGACCAGACACCAAGGGAAAGGAGGCCCAGGUCAUGCACCUUACAGUUCCUUCCCCAGGGAGAGUGACCAUCGAUUCUGACUGCCUACUUGGCACUAGUUCUCCCUUUUGACUUACAAAGGCUGUGACUUCUCUGGCCUGCCUCUGCUCUCCUGUCCCUUGCUGCCCCACACACAGAUCGCUUCCUUUCCUUGCUCUCAACUGAACAGAUUUAGUUAACUUUUGUAGAAGUUUCUGCUCUGAAGCAGCAGGUUGCCAGUGACUUGUUUUAAAACUUUGAUCCGAAAUAGCUUUUUGAUACUUGAAUAUUUUUAAGUUUUAUACAUAGUUUCUAAUUUUUUUCCUAACAGAUUCAGAUACCUACUAAGAUACUAGAAUGUAUGCCGCGGACAGUGUGUGUCCCGGGAUCAUUUUGUCUUCCUUCAGAAGCCAGCUCUGUUUUCAUUUGGAGUCAUUUCUGAUGGUUCUGGAGCAUCAGAAACAUGGAGGUUAGGAAAGCCAGGCCUGGGAAUGGGAGCGCCUACUAAAGGCAGAUAGAAAGGUAGGUCCAGCUGCCAUCCUCCCACCCCAUGCUUCCUGCCCCUCAGUGAGAGCCAGGGUAGUCUCUGUAACUCUCCCCGGCCACCCAGCUUAGUGAAAAAAGAGCGUGGGAACCACCAAGUAUUUUGAAGAAGGAAAUCCAUAAAUAGUUGCAUCACUUUUUUAAAAAGAGGGUCUUGGACUCUCAAACUUGGGAGACUGAGAAAGAAAGAUUGCCAUGAGUUCAAGAUCGGCCUGGGCAAUGUAGUAAAUGCCAGGCUAGCCAGGGCUACAAUGUGAGGGACUUGGAAUAGGCAGGGAGAUGGAAUAAAGGAAACUGAUAGGUUUUGUUCCUGAGCUGGUCCUCUAGAAAGGGAUACCACUAAGCAGCAGAAGAAAGAAGGGCAUGGCUCAGAAGAAAAUGUAGAUUGUCAUAUGCAGACUCCUGUACCUGCUCAGAUACUCCAAGGGAGGUGGAUAUGUCUACGUACAGCACCUGCCAAGCCCAUGGCACAUGGUGAUCCCUGACAGCCAGGGCCAUGGACUUCCCCCAGGUCUGUUCUUAAACCUUCCCAAGGCGUUGAGCAGAAAACAAAAGCCCCUUGAGGGUGUCUUUCUGCAUACAGUGUUUUUUAAUUGGCCUUUUUUUCUGAGAGCAGAGCUACCCUGUGGGUGGUGAGAGCAGAAGCAGCCUCUGCCCUUGCAUGUUUCUGGGCCCAGUGGGUACCUCUGGCUUAGCUGCCCAUCCCUCUCCAUCUCAGUGGCUCUCCAGCCCUCUGAGGGGAACACACUUAGAAAAGCCAAACUCAGCCCUUAUUUCAGUUCCCUGUGUUGUCUCUUGAUUUAUAUCUGUCGCCUUGAAACUGGAAAGCAAUAUAUCGAUGUGCCAAUUUGCAUUCUCUUACCCACCUCCUUCCUCAUUUCACUUUUCUUUAUAUGGGUUGUGUGUUGUUUAAUGAUGGAAUGCCUGCUCUUUUCUUGUGUAGUUGUAAAUGUGCUCCUCCACCACCAAGCCAUGGUGGCAGUGGUGACUUUGGAGCUAGGCCUGCCUCUGUUACCCUGUCUCACACCUUGCAGGCCUGUGGGUUGGCAAAGCCAGUGUGAGGCUGGAAAAUGUAUGGUGUUUCUUGGAGUUUGGUGACUCAGCUUUCCCUCUGCAAAGAGGGUGAUAGCCCAGAAUCUAGUGGGACUGCCCAUCAGGUGUGGCCAUUGGACUCUAAAGCACAAAGUGAUGCUUUCUUGCCUUGCAACCUGGGUUCUGAGCACAGUGGGCUUGGUUUCCUGGUGGUAUCCUGGCCUCCCCAGUUGGUAGCUGCCCUCUUAGCUGCAAUCCUGCUUUUGAGCUCAGCUGUCUGUACUCCAUCCCCGUGUGCAGGAAGGACCACGGACACUUUAAUUAAAGUCUCCUGAGGCUAC